AUGCCUUCGCCUCCAAAACCAUGGGAAAGAAACCAAGGCACUGUAACAGCUACACAACCUUCAAAUGUAUCAACUACUUCACAGAGCCCCAUCUCUGAUGCGGCACCCGCGGUUCCUAAAAGACCUUCCACUAUGCCUUCCAGUUUCGCAAAUAGAAGUUAUGGCUCUUAUGGAACAACAGGUUAUAGCCCUUAUUCUAGCUAUAAUACGUAUGGAUCACCUUAUAAUCGUUAUGGGACAUACUCUUCAAGUUACUCACCAUAUUCACGAUAUGGAGGUUAUGGAUCUUAUGGAGGAUAUGGUGCAAGUUCGUAUGGAGGAUAUGGUGCAAGUUCGUAUGGAGGAUACAGCACUCCUUAUAAUCGCUUCGGCUACGGUGGAAUGAUGGGUCCAGGCGGUCCGGAUGAAAUGUCACUUACCCAGAGGAUGGAAGCCAAUACUGCCAAUGGUUUUCAUAUGCUCGAAUCAGUUGUAAAUGCCUUUGGCGGAUUUGCACAAAUGUUAGAAUCUACAUUUUUUGCUACACAUUCUUCAUUCAUGGCAAUGGUUGGGGUUGUAGAACAAUUUGGGAACUUGCGCAAUUAUUUAGGACAGGUUUUGAGUGUUUUUGCCUUGAUACGAUGGAUGAGACAAUUAAUUUACAAAGUUACUGGAAGGAAACCUCCGGUUAAUCCUAAUGAACUGACUCCUGUGCAGUUUGAGCAGUUUCAGGAAAAGAAAUACUCCCGUCGAUUGUUGGUGCUUUUUGUUUUGGCAGUAUUUGGUAUUCCAUAUUUAAUGCAUAGAUUUAUUAGAAUAAUUUCUCAACGGCAACAAAUGAGUGUUCUUCCACCAGAGGGUAAUUCUGAAUCAAUAACUCCAGGACAAAUGGUCACCUCUCAAAAUAUCGAAUUUUGCAGGGCUUUAUAUGACUUUAUAGGUGAAUCUCCUGUAGAAUUAAAUUUAAGACGUGGAGACAUCAUUGCAAUUCUGAGCAAAACUGAUAUUCAUGGGCGACCAUCUCAAUGGUGGAGAGGUCGAUUGAGAAAUGGAGAGCAAGGAAUGUUUCCUUCAAAUUAUGUAGAAAUUAUUAACAAGGGAGGUAGCAAUCCUGAUGGCAAUGAAGUUAAAGGAAUGUUGGUUUCUCCAAAUGAAUUAGAUGAGAAUAGUCAAUAUUUAAGUAAUGAAGAAUUUGAAAACAAAUUAAAAACGGUUUGA